CCGAAGAGCGUAUAGGAGCGGCAGAAAUCAUAUACUUUAUAAAAGACUUGGAAAUACCGCACGAGUUGGGAACGUUUCAUUACAUUAUCUUCCGCUUAUCUGCAUCGAUGAUGGCUUCACCACGCGCCGCUUGUCUCUCUCUCGCUUAUCUUCGAGUGCGAAUAUUGUGCCUAUGACAUGUCAGUUCUUGUUCGGACUCGCACGGAGUCGGAGCAACAAUUUCUUCACAGUGUGUAAUUAUCUCGCAAAGUUUCAUCGUUACAUCCUAGUUUCGAGCGCGAAACAAAGAAAAUUCGUUUUACCGUAAGCGUGCGCCGAAAAAACAUCCCGGCAGCAACACGGCAUCAUCAUGUCUCUCGUGGACAGCGUUCGCAUGGUGAUCUACAAGAACUACGCCUGGCGCAAGAAGCAAUGGGGCCGCACCCUGCUGCUCCAGUGCCUCGCGCCGUUGGCCGCCCUCCUCGUGCUCUGGCUACUGUGGGGCGGCUACGGCUGUCAGCCGCUCCAGGACGACGUCGUGGACUAUCCCGAGAUCCGGCCGAACAGCCGCAACGAGAGCUACUACGGCAAUGGCGAGAUCUACUACGCGCCGGCGAGCAAUUUCACCGACGACCUGAUGAAGCGGCUGCAGGACGAUUGUCUGGCUCCGCGUAAUGCGCGUUAUCGCAGCCGAGGUUCCUACCACUAUUUAUACGAUCGCUACGGCGACUUCGAGGAUAGGAUCGAGGUGCGCGGCUUCGAGACCGAGGCCGAUCUCUUGCACGCCUAUCGCAACGUGACCAUGAGAGACAGCGACUACACGGACAUCAACAUCGUCUCGGUGCUGUUCGACAAUUACGAUCGCUCGCGACAGCGACUGGAUUAUCGGCUGCGUGCCUCGAACCUCCACCAGGAGAAUCUCUACGUCGAGGUCUUCAUGAUCGAUUACUACUGGAAGCGUGGCAGCAAGCUGGCGGCGAUACAGGGCUGUCUGGAUCAGCAGUUCAUCCAGAUGAACGCGCUCGAGCCGGAGAAAGCGAGAUUCAACGUCACAUUGCAAUCCAUGCCAAGACUGCGCAGGGACGAGGGUAAUCCGAACGAUUGCAUCAACGCGAGAAGAUGCUUCAGAUUGGUCAACGGUCUGUCGGUGCUCAUAUUUUUGCUGCCACUGCUCGUCGAGGUCUUCGCUUGGUCCAGAGAUCAGAGAUACGGCUCCAACCUCCUCCUGUCUUACAAUCGUCUGUGCGCCAGCCUGGACCAGCUGGUCGGCUACACCAACUCGCUGCUGCUGCUCGGCCUGCUGCUCGUCGUGCCCGCGACGCUGCUCUUCACCGUGUCGAGCUCGACCGCGGUGCCCCUCAUCGUCCGCAGCAGUCCUCUGCUCUUCGGCCUGAUGAUGGCUCUGUACUUGGCGCAUCUCUUGUCGUUCGGCCUCGUCGUUUCGUCCGUCUUCCCCCAUCCUUGGCUCGCGAUGUUCAUCACCGUCGUCGUGAGCGUCGGCUCGAUGGCGCUGCCCACCGUGUACUCGCCCUACGACACGGACUCGCCGAUCCUUCAUACGCUACCCUACCUCAGCGCCAUCUUUCCCAACGUCUUCUGGUAUCUGGCCCUGAACGAGUUCGACUACAAGGAGUUCUACGCCGAGGGCGCCAACUGGGACGACCUGUUCAACGUCGGCCAGCUGGCCUACGGCUUCUCCGGCAGCCUCGGCAUGCUCAUGGUCUUCGCCGCGAGUGGCGCGACGCUCUACCUUUUCCUGGCUCUGCUCAUCAAUUGCGUCAAGUGUCGUCUUGCCAAGAGCUGCUACGUUUCGUCGGCUGUCAAGAACCGUUGGUUAGAAGAUCACGAGAACACGAUGAGCGAUCCCAGCGGAAAGGGAAGAAUCGAGCGACCAUCGGUGCAGCAGUCCACACCGGCGGUGCAGAUCAGAAAUUUGAACGUGUCAUCUAUGAAGCAGCAAAGUGGACUGGGUAUUUCCAUUGACUUUUAUAAGGGCGAAAUAGUUUCCCUCGUCGACUUUGACGGUGUCUACAAAACCAGGCUUUUGUCUACCUUGUGCGGAUUGUGCGAUAGCCCGAAGGGCGCGAUCAAGGUGAACUCGCUGAGCAUGGAGUGCCACGCCGACAAGAUCGUCAACGAUAUCGGCUUCUUCAUCAACGAGGACCUGAUAUUCCCCAAUCUGUCGGUCUACGAGAAUCUCAAGUUCUUCGCCAAGUUGAAGAGAAACAUGCGCGCCAAGAGCAACGUCGAUCAGGACAUCGCCACGACUCUGGAAAAAUUCCGGCUGUUCCACAAGCGCUUCGAGCUCGCCUGCAAUCUGAACAGCGAUUUGAAGCGACAGUUGUGCGUGGCCAUGGCCAUGGUCGCGAAUACGGAUAUCGUCGUUUUGGACGAACCGACGAAAGAUCUGGACGCGGACGCCAAGCGCAUCAUUUGGGAUAACAUAAAAGAACUGCGAGGCCUCAAGAGCGUCAUAAUCGGCACCAAGAGCAUCAAGGAGGCCGAGCUCGUCGGCGACCGUAUCGCCGUGAUGCUGGAAAAUCGCAUCGACGCGUACGGCACCCCGAGCUUCCUCAGAGACGCUUUCAGAAGUGAGAGCUCGCCGGAACUCGGCGUCGUCUUCCGUCACGGCGGCUCCGUCGACGAAGCGAAGAUAGCCGAUCUGCUGCAGGAUCCGCGCACCGCAGUGAGGCGCGAGAGCGAGCACGAGUUCGAGCUCGCGGUGCCCGACACCCAAGACACGAAGAAGGCCCUGGAGAGUCUGGACCAGCUGAAGGCCGAGAUCGGCGUGACGUCGUUCACGAUCUUGUAUCCGACCCUGGAGGAUAUCAUCUUCAGCAUCGACGCGGAAAAACUCGAGCCGGUGGACGUGAAAUCGCCGUUGGACAGAGAGAACGUGACCACGGUGGGCAACGAGGGCUACCGCGAGGUCUACGCAGCCAUGAAGAGAAAGAAGGCGGCCUACGUCAGGAGAAAUCCGCGAGCUUUGUUGAUCGUUUUCGGAUUGAUCAUGGCCGCAGUCGCCUACCUCUCCUUCGUCUUUCUGCAAGGCAAAGUCGUGGAGCUCGCGCCGCGCGUCGUCCGGCUCAGGCCCGAUCUGUAUCGCGACAGCGAGACGUUCUACAGCAGCGGUCACGACGCGGUAGCGCCCCUCGGCCGGGCCUAUGAGUCAGCCAGCCGACAGUGGGGUGCCGAGAGAACGACCGAGGUCGUUAACUCGAGCCUCGUCGCAGCUCUGGUCAACGAAGCCCGCACUAACAAGACCACCUACCUGACUCGCGUCGUCGCCGCGGCCGAGUUCAACGCCACCACGGCACCCACCGUUAACAACAAUGGCACCAACGCGACGACCUACUCACCCUCCUUCCUCGCCAACGCCCUCUACUCGCGCGACCAGCUCUACAGUCUGCCGAUCUCCCUCAAUCUGAUCGGCAACGCUCUGGCCAAGGCCCUCGUGGGCCGCGAGGCCUCCAUCUCCGCCAGCGUCCAGUCCUACCCCCGGGUCUCCCGAUCCUACUACUGGUUCCGCGACGGCUACCUCUACGGCACGAGCUGCUCCCUGGCCAUCGCGCUGCUCUUCCUGCUCGUCUCGGCCAGCUACUUCCUGCGUCAGCCGGCGGACGAGCGUCGACGCGGUUUCUGGUAUCUGCAGCGCAUGGCCAACGUCUCGUCCUGGGCACACUGGCGCUCCGUGUUCGUCCACGAUCUCGCCAUGUGGAUGAGUUUCGCCCUGUUUUUGCUGGUCUCACUGAUGACCGUCGACAAGUUCAUCGGCGCUGGGAUUUUCAAGUCCGUCGACAUCUUACUUCUCGAGCUGUUCCUCUUCCUCCUGUACGGCUUCAACGUCCUCCCGUUGGUCUACAUAUUCAGCUUCAUACCCUUCAAGCUGCGAACAUUGACGGUAUUCAUGAUUUUCAUGAUGCUGCUCUUGUCCAUGAUCACCAUCUUCGUGCCGUUCGGUAUGGGCCCGUGGGAACAGCACAGAUUCCACUUUUUCGGAUUCCUCUUCCCCUUCUACACGUUCUACUUCAGCCAGAAGUCGGUGUUCGCGGCCAUCGCUCAGGAGAACAGAUGCGAGGCAGUGAAGCGCUCGGGCGUCGAGACGUGCGACCGCAACAAUUACGAUCGCACCUGUUGCUACAACAGAUCGGCCUUCGUGCGCUACUGGGACAGCUCGGGCUGGUCCGAGGACAGCGCCUUGAGCACCGCCUACCUCGUCUUCGUGCCCGUCAUCUACUUCGCCGUGCUGCUGCUGAUCGACUCGCGCGCCCUCGCCAAGACCCUGCACCUGUUCAAGGUCGUGCAGUCGGGCCUGAUGUCGCCCAUGCUCGCCAACAACGACAAGAUGCAGAAGGAGAAGGCCGAGAUAGCCAACAAGAUCGCGCAGAUGAACGAUUACACGUACAAAUUCGUCAGCAGCGAUAGUCGCGCGGGUGCCAGUCGCGGAGCUCUGACGAGCCGAGCGUCAGUACCCGUGUCCCAGCAACAGCCGAGCGAGAUGCUGCUCGUGCACGAGCUGCGCAAGGCCAGCCUGCAGAAGUUCGUCCUGUACGACGCGAGCUUCCGCGUGGCCCGAGGCGAGUGCUUCGGCCUGUACGGGCUCAAGGGUGCCGGCAAGACGAGCGUGCUCGAGCUCGUCACCGGCGUCAGUUUCACCAACUACGGCUAUCUCUAUCUGGACGGCGUCGACCUCCUGAACAGCGCCAACAGCCCCAGGGGUCGCGCCAAGGCUCGACAGGCCCUGAGCCGCGUCGGCUACUGCCCGGCCUCCUCGUUCCUGCUCGACUCGCUGAGCGCCCGCGAGCAUCUCGAGCUGUUCGCCCGUCUCAGAGCCGUGCCCGCCGACCUCGUCGACUCGGAAGUGCAGUUCUGGCUGAAGACCGCGGGCCUGACCGACCUCGCUUCCGAGCCGAGCUGCGCGCUCGGCUGCGGCAAGAAGAGACGCCUGAUGCUCGCGGCCACCCUCGUCGGCAAUCCCAAACUGAUCGUGCUCGACGAGCCGAGCGCCGGUGUCGACCCCGAGACGAGAAAGUUCGUCUGGCGGCUGAUUCGAUCGUUGAGAGCCGCCGGCAAGACCGUGCUGAUGACGACGAGCAGCAGCGAGGAGGCAGCGGCACUGUGCGACAGGAUCGGUGUGCUGCUCAACGGGACUCUGGUCGACUUCGAGACGCCCGAGACUCUGAUGAGCAACAAGCACGUUCGAUUGUAAAGUCGAAUAAGCAGCACUAUUAUAUAUCUAUAUCUACUAGUCAUACAAUAUUCAUUUUGUGAUUAAUUUUCUACUGAUUUACUCCAUAUUUUUCCCCCUCUAAUCAUUUGUAUACGAUCAAUAAUUGAUGUAACGCAAGUUCGCGGUAUCGCGAACUUGAACUGAAAAAUAAAUAAAUAUAUUUUACCGACUAA